CGAGCGUGGCGCACUCAGCGGGCUGCAGGCCGGCCAUGGCGGAGGCCAAGCCAAAGCAUCUGUCGCUGCCCUCGGGGCUGCUGGAGCUGUGCGCGCUGCUGGGCGCCCCUCAGGACAGCCUCCGCGGCCUCGAGCAGGAAGCAAUGUGGUUCUACUGUGGUCUCCUGGGCAGGCCAUCGUCUUUGCUUCCUGGGCCAUUACAACAUGUCUCUUGGUUGCUCGUCGUGAGGCAUUUCUUCUGAGCACAGGAUGAGUCAACUGGAAUAUUUACAGUGGUACUUUCCUGAAUGAAACAGCCUGCACUUUCCUCUAGGUUGCUCAGAAAAGGGGAAUCAGAAGCCUUUCUUCACUUGACCCAGAGGUUCUGUCUGUUUUCGUGCCUCCUUUUAUCAGUAAAGAGGACGGUCAGGUGGCUGGUGCAAGCUGCGCUACUCUAGGGAAAGCCAGAAGGCGCUCCUUCAGGAAGAGGAGAGAGAAGCCCAAAAUGGAGCCCUGGAGGGGGGUCCCAGGGGACCCCAAAGGGCUGGAUUCUGAAGGCAUCAGCGUCCCUGGUGGCGUGGACCUCCUUGCCCUGCCCCAGCUGUGCUUCCCAGGGGGCUUGCGCGUGACCUCUGAACCAAAGGAGGACCAGGUGCAUUUCCUGGUGCUGACGGACAUCUGCGGGAACAGAACUUACGGUGUGGUUGCCCAGUACUACCGGCCCCUGCACGAGGAGUGCUGCUUCUACAACGGCAGGGCACACUGGGAGCCGUCGGGGCUGACCGCCAGCGCGGCCGGCUGCUUCGUGCCCUUCGCGGUGUGCGUGGUCUCCAGAUGCCCCUACUACAACUCCCUCAAGGACUGCCUCUCCUGCUUAUUGACUCAUCUGAAGCUCUGUAACGAUUUUGAAGUUGACAAUCACAUAAAAGAUUUCGCUGCGAGACUGUCCUUGAUACCUACUCCACCGCCUGGACCGCUCCAUUUGGUUUUCAACAUGAAGCCUCUGCAGGUCGUGUUUCCCUCCCCAGCGGACCCCCAGAGCCCCGUCAUCGACUUGGACCUUCACCUGCCCUUGCUGUGCUUCAGGCCCGAGAAGGUGCUGCAGAUCCUGGCCUGCAUCUUGACGGAGCAGCGGAUCGUGUUCUUCUCCUCCGACUGGGCCCUGCUGACGCUCGUCGCCGAGUGCUUCAUGGUCUACCUGCACCCGCUGCAGUGGCAGCACACCUUCGUGCCCAUCCUGUCGGCUCAGAUGCUGGACUUCAUCAUGGCGCCCACGUCCUUUCUCAUGGGCUGCCACCUGGACCACUUUGGGGAAGUCAGCAAGGAAGCCGACGGCUUAGUGCUGAUAGAUAUCGAUCACGGGAGCGUCACCUGCUGCAAGUCCUCGGACUGUGACCGGGACAUUCCCGACAUCCCCCUCCUGGCGGCACAGACGUUUGUCCAGAGGGUCCAGAACCUCCAGCUGCACCCUGACUUGCACUUUGCCCACCUGGGCUCCAGCACAGACCUGAACGAGGGCCGAGCCCGCACGCGAGCCUGGCAGCAGGCCCUCAACUGCCAGAUCCAGCACGUCACCUUGCAGCUGCUCGUGGGCAUCUUCAGGGAAGUGAAGGAUCACUUGAAUUAUGAACACAGAGUGUUUAACAGUGAAGAGUUCCUCAAGACCAGGGCGGCAGGGGACCAGCAAUUUUAUAAGCAGGUCUUGGACACCUACACGUUCCACUCUUUUCUAAAAGCCCGGCUCAACAGAACGAUGGACGCCUUUGCUCAGAUGGACCUGGACACGCAGUCGGAGGAGGACAGAAUCAAUGGGAUGCUCAUAAGCCCACGAAGACCGACCGUGGAGAAGAUGGCCUCGCGGAGAUGCCCGCCCCUGCACGUCACCCACAGGCGCAUGGUGGUCAGCAUGCCCGACCUGCAGGACAUCACCCUGUCUGAGCCGCUGCCCAGGAACUUGUCCCUGCGGAUAAUGGAUCCUGCAAGUUGCAGACACAGCGACCCAGUUCUGAGCGUGGCCCCCAAGUCCACGUACACCUUCAAGAUCCCGGAGAUCCACUUCCCCCUGGUGAGCCAGUGCGUGCAGGCUUACCACGCCGACUUCGUCACGCUGCUGAGCAAGGCCAUGGGCCUUCUGGCCCCCGACAACUCCCUGCUCCUGGCCAGAUACUUCUACCUGCGUGGGCUCAUCCAGCUCCUGCAGGGGCAGCUGCUGAGCGCCCUCGCGGAUUUCCAGAACCUGUACAAGACGGACAUACGGAUUUUCCCGGAAGACCUCGUAAAGGGGAUGGUGGAAUCCAUGUCAGUCCCUGAGCGCGCCCAGGUCGAGCGGACGCCCGAGCUGAAGAGGCUCAUCACCCAGGUGCUGGACAGGCCGGGCGAGGCCCCUAAGGUGGACGACCCAGUAAAGCACUUCGAGCUGCCCAGGAAGCACAUGCAGCUGGACGACUUUGUGAAGAGGGUGCAGGAGUCGGGGAUCGUGAAGGACACCAGUGUCAUACACCGGCUGUUCGACGCGCUGACUGUAGGACAUCAGAAACAAAUCGACCCAGAAACAUUCAGAGACUUCUACAACUGCUGGAAGGAGACGGAAGCAGAGGCCCAAGAGGUCAGUCUGCCUUUGCUGGUGAUGGAGCAUCUGGAUAAAAACGAGUGUGUCUAUAAGCUGUCCAGGUCCGUCAAGACCAGCCGUGGCGUUGGUAAGAUCGCCAUGACCCAGAAACGCCUGUUCCUGCUGACUGAAGGGAGGCCGGGCUACGUGGAGAUCUCCACCUUCCGGGACAUAGAGGAAGUCAAAAGUACCACGGCCACCUUUUUCCUUCUGAGGAUUCCAACUUUGAAAAUUAAAAUGGCGUCCAAGAAAGAGGCGUUUGAAGCUAACCUGAAGUCGGAAUGUGACCUCUGGCACCUGAUGGUGAAGGAGAUGUGGGCUGGGAAGCGGCUGGCCGAGGAGCACAAGGACCCUCAGUACAUCCAGCAAGCGCUGACCAACGUCUUGCUGAUGGACGCCGUCGUGGGCACGCUGCAGUCACCGGGGGCCACCUACGCUGCCUCCAAACUGUCCUACUUCGACAAGAUGAAGAGUGAAAUGCGCACGGCGUUCCCCAUGCUGACCUCGGAGACCCUGAAGCACAAGAUCAACCCUUCGCUGGGGGAGACGGCCCCGCAGGCCGUGGACGUGCUGCUGUACACGCCAGGGCAUCUCGACCCAGCAGAAAAGGCAGAAGACGCCCGCCCCAAGCUGUGGUGUGCCCUGAGCGGGGGCAAGGUGAUCGUGUUCGAUGCCUCCUCCUGGACCAUCCACCAGCACUGCUUUAAAGUGGGCAGCUCCAAAGUGAACUGCAUGGUGCUGGCGGAGCAGAGCCAGGUGUGGAUCGGCUGCGAGGACUCCGUCAUCUACAUCAUCAGCACCCACAGCAUGUCCUGUAACAAGCAGCUCACGGACCACCGCUCCGGGGUCACGGGCUUGGCUGUGCAGGGUGCAAAGCAGCCCAGCGAGGUCUUCUCCUGCAGCCUGGACGGGACCGUCCUGGCGUGGAACGUCAGCACGCUGCGGGUGACCAGCCAGUUCCAGCUGUCCAGCGGAGGCCUCACGUCCAUCAGGCUGCACAGUGACCGCCUGUGGUGCUCAGGAGCAGCUCUGGGCGGCCUGCGUGGGGCACAGCGAGGUUUAUGUCUGGAGCCUGCGGGACCUGGCCCAGCCGCCGCAGACGGUGCGCCUGCAGGACUGCUCCCAGGUCAGCUGCAUGCUCCUGGUGAAGAGGCAGAUCUGGGUGGGCGGCAGGGGACUGUCGCAGGGAAAGCCCAAGGGGAAAAUCUACGUGGUCGAUGUGCAGAGGAAGAUGGUGGAAAAGGAGCUGGUGGCACACGCAGACACCGUGAGGACCCUGUGCUCUGCCGAGGACAGAUACGUGCUGAGUGGCUCUGGCCAGGAGGAGGGCAAGAUCGCCAUCUGGCAGGUGGACUAAAGGCAGAGGAUCCGCUGGCCACCCUGGGCAGGGCCAGUACCUCUCUGCAGCCUUCCCAGCAGCAGGAGCCUGAGGGUAGGGGAGCGGGCCCCCAGCGCAGGACAGGGCAGGGGCAGGGGCAGUGGCAGGGGCCAGCGGUGAGCCCGGGGCCCACGUGUCUCUGGGCUCUCCAGUGCUGAGGACGGUCCAUGUGGUGGGCAUGCUCAGGCUGGCCGCCACAUCCCCUUGGCCACCACCUCUGCCCAGAGGCUGCCUGUGUUGUCAGCCAAGUUCCAGAACCCAUGACCAGGUACAGCCCUGGAGCCCAGAGCUGACCACGCUGGCCUGUGGCCCUCAAGGUGGACUUCGCCCCUCUUGUGCUUCGCUGGUCCAGGCCAUGGGUCACGUGGGCUUCACAGUGGGGUGGUGGGUGCGUGGCGGAGCACCAAGGGCUGCAGCCUCCCCGGGCCUGCUGGUUCCAUGGAGACCCAGCCUGUCCCCUCUCAGAGCAGGUGGCUAGGGGUGCCCGAGGGGCAGGGACAGUGCUGUGAUCAGGUUUGUCCAGACUGGUGGGACAGCUGGGGCAAGCUGUUCUUUUUCUUGUUAGUGUAAAAUUUCCAUAAUGAAGAAACCCAGAGACUGCUUUACCAAAGGCUCCGCCCAUGGCCAUUUCCUCACCAGUCCUGCCUCUCCCGGGCACUGGGCCUCCCGGGCACGCCGUGUAGGGCUUGCCGGUGACGCCUGAUCAGUUGUCAGUAAGUCAACAUUUGCAAGGAGGGCCUGUGCAUAUUUUUAUCCUGUGAUUGAGAUUUCAUUCCUGAAAUGUCAUGUGAAGGUUUGGGCCUCGUUGCUGGAUGCAGAGAGAGCAUUUGUCCAUGGCACAUUAUGAAGGCAUGUGGCCUGUCCCCUGUGGACCUGCCCAUGGGCUCGGCCAUGGGGCCUCUGGGCACUCUCCCUGGGCUUUCAGGACUUCAGCUGGACACCAUGCCAGAUCUUGCCUGCUGAUUGGUUGCUCAGGGUCCAUGGCCUCCUGGACGAGGGCCAUGCUUUGGCAGACCAGGGACUCCACGUGAACACGAGCCCCAGACCAUGGCUGGAUCUACAUUCUGGAAGACCCACAUCCCUGGUCAGAAUGUACCCAAGGUGUGGUUUUACAGAGCCGCCAGCUUUACAAUGUCCUGGAACGUGGUUCAGAGGAAGGCCCGGGGCCACAGCCCUGCUCCUCUGUGCUUCUGGGGUGCUCCUGACGUCUGCGAGGAGGACUUGGCCGAUGGCCGAGGCCAGGGGUUGAGUUUUACUUUUGUAAACAUGUGUAAAUGUACAGUGAAAGUCUGUCAGAAAUACAUUAAUGAUUAUUUAAUCCACAUGGAACCAGGUAUUUUCAGUGUGUGAAAAAUAAAUUAUUU